AUGAUAGAGAUAGAUGCUUCAACCUCUACAACUACUACUACAACUGUUACUACCAAUGAAAUUCCUCAACAACAACAACAACAACAAUCGAUAGUUGUUGUUGUAUCUUCCUCAAACCAGGAACAACAACAACAUCAACUGUUGAACAACUCGAAUCCUUCAGCUACUGGAGGAUCGUUGAAUGUUGUUGAGAUGAAGAAGAAAAAAAGAGAUAGAAGAUAUGCUGGCUGCGAAGAUAAGAAUGAACUGUGUGCAUUGGAUGAAUGCUCGGCAAGCCAUUACUACGUCCAUCCUCAGUCACCGCAACAAAGAAGCAAUCCAAUCCAGUUGGCCAACAUUGAGAGUCCAAAGGAGUUCUACUUGCAGGGUGGCUCGUCAUCGCCAUCCCCACUGACACCAUCCAGCGAUUCUGGCGACAUCACAACAACUACUACCACCACGACCAGACAUCAUCAUAGGUCCAACUAUUCACAUCGUUAUAGUCAUUACUAUGACAACAACAACAACAUCAUCAAUGAUGAGGAUGAUGUUGACAUUGACGACGACUUGGAGGAUGGCGCCAAUGACUACCAACCAAUGGAGAUCGACCAGUGCUUCUCAGGGGAUCCACUCGUUACCGAAGUGUUACGCGACGAGAAAGAAACCCUUAGUUUCAUGGAGCGAAGGACCAUUGAGUUGGAGAGUGUAGAGUUGACAAUCUCCUCGCUUCAAGAGACCCGCGAAGCCAUCCGCCGGGACCUAAAGAUGAAGCGCAUGUUCCUUAGGUCGAUCCAGAAAAAGAAGGAGGAGCAUCUAAAGACCAUUUCAAAGAGCUACUAUAACAUUGCCACGCGAUACAAUCUGUCUGAUGCUCGAUCUCUCACACUUAUCCUGCCCGAGGAGGUCAUGCUGCAUAUCUUCAAAUUCCUUUCGCCGUCCGAUCUGUGUCUGGGUGUUUGCCGCGUUAGCCAAAAGUGGAGAAUGCUGGCGUUGGACCUAUCACUGUGGCGUGAGAUCUGUCUGUCACGACGCCUACUCGAUGGCACAACCUUCCACGUGCCGCCUCCCUCCUAUCUACGUAAUCAAUCAAUCCACAAUAAGCCAGCGCCGGUGGUCCUCGAGGAAGAUGACGACGAGGACAUGAUGAUGAUCACAGAGAACCACAAUGGAGACAAACCAGAAGUGACCCGUAGUCAACUAUACAAUCUCCAGUCGCCACAGGUAUCCCAACAAACAAAGACCACUACCACCUCAGUCAGUAGCGGCCCAGUAUGGACCGAGAACUGGUACAUUGGCGAGUUCAGAAAGGACUCUAACUGGAGGAAGGGCAAAUAUGGCACGACCAUCUUGCGUGGCCACAAGGAGAUUGUUUGGAGCCUGUUGUACGAACCAGAGACAAACACACUGGUCAGUGGAUCAGAGGACAUGACCGUCAAGACUUGGGACUGCUCAAGGAUUGGUGAAGGCAGCCAGUUCAAUGACGACUUGGAGGACAGCAAGCGACGCUGUCUGCGAACGAUGAGCGGCCACAAGAACGGCACGAUCUGUCUAGGCAGCACUCCAAACCGCAUUGUCAGUGGCAGCGCCGAUGGCUCAAUCAAGAUCUGGGACCGCCUGGACGGUUCCUGUAUCGACACUAUCCAAACGCACUCAAGUGUCUGGUGUCUCCAGAUCGUUGGAAACUCGCUGAUAUGUGGCUGCGUCGAUGGCACCAUGCGCGUAUUUGACCUCAACACCUCUCAAUCCCUGCGUACCAUGCGUGGACACACUGCGCCCGUCCGAUGUCUCCAGGCAAUCAAUCACAAUGGCCAGGACCUGGUGAUCUCUGGCUCCUACGACAAGACGAUCAAGGUGUGGGACAUGGACGCACGAUGCGUCAACACGAUUCGAGCACACACUCACAAGAUCAACUGUAUCCAGUACGAGAAUGGACAGAUGGUCAGCGGCAGCCACGACAGUCUGCUCAAGGUGUGGGACAUGAACGGACAACUGAUUCACACGCUGCAAGGCCACGAGAAUAUGAUCCACUGUCUGCAGUUCAAGGGCAGCAAGCUGUUGAGUGGCUCCACCGACAGCACCAUUAAGCUGUGGGACCUGAAGAAUGGAUCGCUGGUCAACACGAUCAAGGGCCAGUCGGCAGUCUGUUGUCUCAAGUUCAAUGACUCCAAACUGAUAACAGGCUACGAGGAUUCAACCAUUAAGAUAUUCGACUUUUCAUUCUGA